AUGCUUGCAAACGUCCUUCGGUGUGUUCAAUUAGAAUGGCGGAUUUCGUCCCGUGUAAUUUUACGAGAUAUUGACAUCAUUUUUAGCAAACAAAAACGCCAGCUGAAAACGGAACAGAAAUUAAAAGAAAAAGCAGAAAAAGAAGCUAGUCGAAUUGCUGCAAUAACUGUUACAAAAGAAAUAAAAGACAAGCGGGAUGUAAAAGCCGAUCCAUCAGAUCCACAUGAAUAUUUCCAAUUACGAACUUCUUUAGUUGAAGAACGCCGGAUUAAAGGAAUUAAUCCAUUUCCACACAAGUUCCAUGUGUCAAUUUCUUUAGCUAGUUUUAUUGACAAAUACAGCUAUUUGGAAAAGAAUGUCAUAUUAGAAGACGUUGUUGAAAGUGUAGCUGGACGAUUAUUUUCGAAACGAGAAGCAGGUGGAAAGCUUAUUUUUUAUGAUCUUCAUGGAGAAGGAAAAUGUUUACAAGUGCUUGCAAAUGCGAAAUUUCAUAAAGAUGAGGAGUCAUUUUCCGAUCUUCAUGAUCGAAUUAAGCGUGGAGAUAUUGUUGGUGUUAAUGGAUAUCCAGCAAGGUCUAAAUCUGGUGAGCUUAGCAUCAUACCAUUUGAGAUAGUCCAAUUGACACCGUGCUUGCAUAUGUUACCACACACCCACUUUGGUUUGAAAAACCAAGAGACCAGGUAUCGGAUGCGAUAUCUUGAUUUAAUUAUGAAUCCUGAUGUCAAAAACAAAUUCGUUACUCGAUCGCGAAUAAUUACCUUUUUAAGACAGUAUCUUGAUAACAUGGGUUUUUUAGAAGUCGAGACACCGUUAAUGAAUCGUAUACCUGGUGGUGCUACUGCCAAACCAUUCAUAACGCAUCACAACGAUCUGGAUAUGGAUCUUUACCUUCGUGUAGCUCCGGAGCUCUAUCUUAAAAUGUUAAUAGUUGGUGGUAUUGAUCGGGUUUAUGAGGUUGGACGUUUGUUCCGCAAUGAAGGAAUUGAUCAAACUCAUAAUCCUGAAUUUACUGCAUGCGAAUUUUAUAUGGCCUACGCAGAUUAUGAAGAUUUGAUGAAAAUGACUGAAGACUUGCUUUCAAAGUUGGUUUAUUUUAUUCAUGGAAAAUACAAAAUACAGUAUCACCCAAAUGGUAUGGGCGAAGAGCCUGUUUAUGAGGUUGAUUUCACACCUCCUUUCCGAAAAGUCAAUAUUUAUGAAGGAUUGCAAGAGAAGUUAGGCGUCCAGUUUCCUUCACCGGAUACUCUCUAUACCGACGAAGCUAAUAAGUUUUUUGAUGAUAUAGCAGUAAAAAAUAAUGUUGAAUGCCCAGUGCCACGAACUACUGCAAGGCUGCUUGACAAGCUACUUGGUGAAUUUUUGGAAACGGAGUGUAUAUCACCAACUUUUCUUGUUGGGCAUCCUCAAAUUAUGUCUCCACUUGCAAAAUGGCAUCGUUCGAUACCUGGUCUAACAGAGCGUUUUGAAUUAUUUGCAGUUACUAAAGAAAUUGUAAAUGCAUAUACGGAAUUGAAUGACCCAAUUACACAACGACUUCGCUUUGAAGAGCAAGCAAAACAGAAACAGGCUGGUGAUGACGAAGCGCAGUCAAUAGAUGAAAAUUUCUGUACUGCUCUUGAAUAUGGCUUACCGCCAACUGCUGGUUGGGGCAUGGGUAUUGAUCGCUUAACAAUGAUCCUAACUGAUAGUAACAAUAUUAAGGAAGUGUUGUUUUUCCCGGCAAUGCGACCUGAUGAAAAAAUGCCUGACCCGCUGAAUGAAUUAAAUAAUUCAUAA